UAUCACUGCCUGCGCAAGGUGCGCGCUUGGGCUUGACUUUCGUUUUAAGAUCUAACGUCUCGGCAAAUAGACUGAGCGAAAAGAACAGUAGUCUGUGAACUAAUAUGCUGUUUCAAAUAUAUAAUGCAGCUGCUGUAGCAGCUUCCCGAGGUUUUAGGCUUUCACUGUUCAUGUCGCGUAUGCAAAGCACACUGAGUAAAGGAACGGGGAUCACGAUCACACCGUGCCUAUUGUGCCCUCGGGUGAGCGCCCUCAGCAGCCUGGUCAGAGGAGCAACGGGAGCGCGCAGUGGCGUUACUGUUACUCGUCGCUUGAAGAGUAGCCAAACUUUUGUAAACAGAGGCGAAAGAGUGGGUACUAAUAAGAAGACGAGUCAUCGACUUUUGGGAGGUGUUCUGGGGACGGCAUUUGGGUGCACAGCGGCCCUGCACUCCGCAGAGGCACUCGGGAUGGCGGGCAAAAGCAUCGAUCUGACUUCUCGGGCCACCGAUUGGAAGGAGGCAAAAAGAGCUUUGGAGAGCCUCACUUCCUCAGAGAGGAGAAAGUUUUAUCACACUCAAGAUUUUGUACCUUUGGAAAAGAUUAGCCCCUGGAUACCCCCAAAUGAAAGAGAGCCUGUAGACAGAAGGAUUUCCCUCUUCCGUGGUGACAUCACCAGACUGGAGUUAGAUGCUAUAGUAAAUGCAGCUAACUCAUCAUUAAUGGGAGGAGGAGGAGUGGACGGUUGUAUCCACCGUGCCGCAGGCCCUCUCUUGAAGAAGGAAUGUGCUACUCUGGGAGGCUGUGAGACUGGCAAAGCAAAAAUGACAAGUGGAUACAGGCUGCCAGCAAAAAAUGUGAUCCAUACAGUAGGGCCAAUUGUUCAUGGUCAGCCUGGUGAGCAACAGAAAAGCUCCCUCCGCAGUUGUUACUGGACCAGCCUUGAUCUUGCUGCAAGGCAUGAACUGAAGACCCUGGCCUUCCCAUGCAUUUCCACUGGGAUCUAUGGUUACCCUCCUGAUGAGGCAGCAGACAUUGCUAUCCGGACAGUGAAAGAUUACCUGACAGAAUAUCCAGAUAAGUUCGAGAAGGUGGUGUUUUGUGUCUUCCUCAAGUCCGACGAGACCCUGUAUCAGUGCAAGUUAAAGCAAUUCUUAACAGAUCAACCUUGUGAUCCACAGUCCAACAGCAAGCUCUGAGGAAGCUCCAGUGGAAAGAUCUACUGCCAAAUAAGAUGUUUUUGGUGUGUUGUUGUGCUGAUAUCAUGAUCUACAUGCUGUUAUUGAUUGAUUGAUGUUAGUUACCAGAAUAAAGAUUCCUAUAGAUUUUGCAUCAUUUCUGCCCUAAACACAUUUUUAAAUGUUAAUUUUCCUUGAGUACAUUGAAGGAUGAAUGCAACACACAGCACAGGCAAACCAGCAGUUAGCAUCUUAAAUGGAAAUGCGUGACACAUAACCCAUUGGGGAAAAAUCCCUCACUUUUUUCUUUGUUUAGCUUUGUUCUCUACCGUCUACAAGAGCCUUGCCUGAAAAAUGAAGUACAUUUUAUAUUGUUUAACCACAGCUGCUCUUUCCUUUGCUGUGUCUUUUAAUUUAUUUUCUGUCCCACAACAAGCAAAGACAGACAUAUUAAAUCCUUCAUUAUACUACGCUGUGAAACUGCUUCCCCUAGAGAGGCAAGGGCAGCACACGUCUACUUCCAAUACAUCCCCUUCACCAGUUUUUCAUUGGCUUUUGAUCAACUGAUGAAAUUGUGCUAAUUGAAAGUCUUUGAGUGCAGGCAUGUGGAAAAAAGAAUCUCAUUCUGAUUUUGUUUAUUCUGAGGCAAUAAGAUUAAAAAAAAGUGAUUAAAAAGAGGUUAAUUUUCA